UUGAUGUGUUUGGUCACUUCUAACUUUAUCUCUGAUUGGUAUCAUUGAAUGAAUGGGGCUAAGCUAAAUGUUAUCGAAGUGUCGCAGCGCGCUCCAGCGCUCGCGAGCACGCACAUUGAUGACAGAGGGAUGUAUCAACAAUUCUUAGUUAAGGUGGAGCUAGAGGAUUGUCGCCUGAGGCUUGGAUUAUACUGUAGGCUGGGCCAAUUUGCAUCUAUGGCUGGGAUUGACCAAUCAGAGUUUGGAAUACUUGGGAAUCCUCAGCUUUCCUCAACAGAGAGAAGGCCUAUAGGCCACGAUGACCAGGCAAAUGAGGAGAAUGUAGCAAUGAUGGGUGUCCCUGUAUCAGGUACGUCUGCUAACAAUGUAGACGUUUCCCAGAGCCAACCACUACAGGAAUUGCCUUUAAUUCCAGCCAGCAUGAGCCGCGCCUCUCCCAUACUGCAGGAGCCACUCGCGUUUGAAGCUCCCGAGCAAAGAGCCAGCGCAGUCUCUCGCUCAGGGAGUUCACUCAGCAGUGCCAGCACUCAAUCCAAAGGCUUAAAAUCCUACAGAUCAAAUGGAUCUGAGGGGAAAGUGUUUUCAGCCGUUGGCUCGAGAGCAUCUAGUCUGUCUCAUUUGGGUUCAGGAGUGAUUCAGGAAGCCAAAAGAGUUCUGCUGGACAGCUCGGGUUUUAGCCAGAUAUAAGAUAAAGAAAUCUUUGAUGAUGUGAUUCGACUUCAUGUAUUUAUUGGAAAGUUAAUGGAUUACCUGGCAUCCACAGCUAUCUGUGUGUUUAUUGCUUUGUCCAGCAUUCUUUUAUGGAGCAUCCUUUACCACUGCACGUUUUUGAUGCCAGGUCUUUUGCUACCUUUCAGACAACUCCAGAUUUAAAGGAACAGUAUGUAGGAUUGUGGCCAAAACUGGUAUUGCAAUCACAAAACUUGUGGCUAAAACUGGUACUGCAAUCACACAACUGGUGGCCAAUACACAACAUGACAACAUAAACAUCAGUUGAGGGCUGCAACUCCACUUUUUAAAUGACAAUAUCCUGGCCGGACCACUGUUGUGAGUGAUAUAAGUAUUUGAAAUGAAAAUGAUUUCUUAAUGUCUAGUGACAUAUCAGGGCCAUUUUAUGAUUAAUUGAUAUAAAUUUCUUACAUACUGUUCCUUUAAGAUAUUUCCCACCUCAACCCAGAAAUAAUGUUACUAAACUCUUAAAAAGUUUGGAGGCUUGUUUUGAGGUGGGAAAUAUCUGCAAUCCGAAUUUGUAUGGAACACAUUGCAGUCUCUCUUGAACUCAUAUCUUAGCUGAUCACUUUGAAUCAGAUUUGUGAAAUGUGGAAGACAUCCUAAACGCACAGUGCUAAAAUGAAUUUUAGGAUCACUGCUAUAGACCAUGAAGAUGAAUUUGUUCAAUAAGACUAUACUUUACUUUUACUUGUUUAAUAACUUUAGGUUUUUAUUUUUGUAAUAAUUGAAUUCAUACACUUUUAUGUGAUAUAAAUCAAAUGUGUUGUUUAUGAAUUGUUGUCAAACUGAUGUUGGAUUUUCUAUGGAUGGUUUACAGUACACACUUUGGUUUAUAGCAUUUUUCACUUAAAAAUAAAUAUUUCACAAGUGUCCACAGCUUAGGUGGAU